AUGGAGCCGUAUUUCAGCAGUUGUCGCGAGAUCCUAAUAGCCGUCGAUAACAGUGAAGGGUCGGAGCUCGCGUUCAACUGGGCGCUCCGGAAUUACUGCAAGCGGCACGACCACGUGCGGCUAAUACACGUCGUCAGAAAUUACAGCGAUGCCAUCGGCACGCUACCCAAGGAGGCGAUCGCGUGUUUAGAGCAGCAGGCCAUGACGUCAGCGCGAGCCGUCGUGGAAAAGUACAUGCGCCGAUGCGCCCACGCCGAUGUGGACUGCGAUUGGCGGAUAGCGUGUGGCGACGAGAGGGACGUGAUCUGUCGCGAGGUGAUGCGUGUGUGCGCCGACGUGCUCAUUGUCGGCACCAGGAGCCUGCCGGCCGCCAAAAAAGCUCUACUCGGCUCAGUCAGCGAAUACUGCGCGCACCACAGUGCAUGCCCGGUCAUCAUUGUGAGGCCCAAGGAGCUCAAGUCGGAAGUCAUUGCUGCACAGCGAUCGGUAGUCAGUGAAGCCCUCCCGCAGGGAUGUUAA